CUCGAAUCGAUUCGAUCGAGCAAGCGAACGGGAGAGUCAGUGUGAGGGGGGAGUUUGAUGGCUCUCGUUCGAUUGAUCUCUUCUCGGAAGCUUUCACAAUCGUUAUGCAGUAGAAAUGUUGAUCGAUUCGAGCUGAUACGCAUUGGAUCGCUUCGAGCUGCUUUCUUCUCGACUCAGAAGAAGCUCGUAGACGAUGAACCAGUUCUUGUUAGGGAUUUCAUACACAGAGCAUUGUAUGAUGCAAAACUCGGAUACUUCUCUCAACGAUCACAAUCUGUUGGUGUUUUGGAGAGAAGCAUUAAGUUCAAUCAGCUUGAAGGGAGGAAGGCUUACAUGAAACUAUUGGAGAAAGUUUACAAGCAGAGUGACAUUUCUUGGUUUACUCCUGUGGAGCUCUUCAAGCCUUGGUAUGCUCAUGGGAUUGCUGAAGCUAUUCUGCGUACCACAAAUCUCUCAGUUCCAUUAAAGAUAUAUGAAAUCGGUGGUGGAUCGGGCACCUGUGCGAAGGGUAUAUUGGACUACAUAAUGUUGAAUGCUCCUGAGAGAAUCUACAAUAACAUGACCUACACUUCCAUAGAAAUCAGUCCUUCACUGGCUAAGAUUCAAAAGGAAACUGUUGCGCAAGUUGGAAGUCAUCUGUCAAAGUUUCGAGUUGAGUGUCGUGAUGCAUCUGACCUAUCUGGAUGGAGGAAUGUGGAGCAACAACCAUGCUGGGUGAUAAUGCUCGAGGUGCUAGAUAAUCUCCCACAUGAUCUUGUCUAUUCCCAAAGUCAACUUUCCCCAUGGAUGGAAGUCUUGGUUGAAAACAAACCGGAGAGCGAAUCACUCUCUGAGCUAUACAAGCCUUUAGAGGAUCCACUGAUCAAGCGCUGCAUUGAAAUUGUUGAACACGAAGCUCCUCCGCUUUCAAAACCAAAAGAAAUCUGGUCUAAACUAUUUCCCAAGCCUAGACGUUGUUGGCUUCCAACAGGUUGCUUGAAACUGCUGGAGGUUUUACAUGAGAAGCUGCCAAAGAUGUCCCUAAUUGCUUCGGACUUUAGUUUCUUGCCCGAUGUGAAAGUUCCUGGUGAAAGAGCCCCAUUGGUUUCAACAAAGAAAGAUGGAAGUAGCUCAGAUUACAGUAGUUAUCUAGACGCAAAGGGUGAUGCUGAUAUAUUUUUCCCAACCGAUUUUUGGCUAUUGGAACGAAUGGAUCAUUAUUGUUCUGGGUGGAGGAAGACGGAGAAAGACGGGUCACCAUCGAAGAAAGGAAGAAAAAGGCGAACUCUCACUCUGGAUACAUCAGCGUUCAUGGACGAGUUUGGUUUACCUUCAAAGACGAGAACAAAGGACGGAUACAACCCGUUACUAGAUGACUUCAAGAACACCAAGUUCUAUCUUAGUGUCCCAACACACAACACUAAGUAACCAAAAGGGUACCAUCAGCUCAUAGACCUCUGAUUUUUACAGAAGCUUUAGUGAAAUGCCUUUUGGUCAAAGAGACAAAGAUUACAAAUGAAAGAUUUUUUUGAGUUCAAUCCUGAUUCCGUCUGUGCAAUGAAAAAAGCACACGAACAUGACAUUGGAUCUCGAAAACAGAGAGAUUUUAUUUCUGAGAUGGCCAAAGACGGUUCAAAGAUGUAAAAUGAAAUAAACAUACUAUAUUUGUCGAAUCUCAUCACUCUUAUAUUUUGUUACAAAUGUUGAAAGAAGAUUCAAAUCUAUUCUUCAUAAAGAAAAAAAAUGUAUAUGACAGAGAGAAACAGAGGGAGAUAUUGAGCUAUUUGAACUGUAUGAUCAAUGUCGAGAAACCACUCUCUUCCUCUGCUCUUCUUUGUUUGAACAUUUCAAAGACUACCUUACCGUUCUAAUCCAGUGACCGUGGAAUUUGUCUGAGAAGUUGAAUCUGGAUCUCCAACACUCUCUAACCGACUUUCCAGAAUCUCAACAACAUUAUCCGGCGGACAUUUAUCACUGGACUUCUUCGGAUUCAUCUGACAGAAACACUCAGGCCAUGAGUUUGUAUAAAACGACUCAGGAGAUACGCGUUUGUGAGGCCCUCCAAAGUUCGUUUUCAGCAUUACACGUCUCACUGCUUCUUCGAACCCAGCGGUUUUGCCUUUCUCUCUAGCUAUGAAUAUUGGAGCUAAAGCUUUUCUGUCUGGUCUGAUCGUGGUGCGGAAACCGUAGUAGAGGCGAUGACCUAAGAGAUUGUUGGCGAAGUUGCUCGGUCCAUCGUAUGUUGGCAUGAAAAUGUCGGACAGGAGACAAACCAUGUAAUCCACAGCUGAUCCUAUUAAUCCUUGUGAUUUUGCUGACAGCUCCUCAGAGGGGUCCACCGAGCUAUGGUUUUCAAGACGUGGGAAUAAAGUUCGAAAUGGUUCCAUGAACCUUUCCCCGCCAAACAGCUCACCUGCUGCUAGGUAUAUCCUUGUGGAGUUGUCGAAUCUCAUCGCUCGUAAUAUAAGACCAACCUGCACCCACAAGGAUCAACCAAAAUUUCAUGUUGCAUUUCUAAAGCCUGCAAUUAUGAUUCUCUAUUGCUGCCUAGCUUAUCAGUUAUCUACCUGUGGAUUGGUUCAACCUGAAAAUGAUGCGGAU